UUUAGUUCCUCCCUCUCUGGCUGACGGUCAUGUGAUACGAGCUGCCUCUCUGUCGGUCUGUCUGUUUGUGUGGCAGCUGGGCUGUCCUGAAGUUACUUAAAAAGUUUGUUUUCCGACAUAUUCUUAGUUUAAAACAAAACCCACCAUGGCGGAACUAAGUUUUGUGAUCGCCAUGUCUGUGAUGACCCUGUUUUGGGGUAUUAUCGGAGGAGUGGUGCCCUGGUUCAUCCCCAAAGGACCAAACCGAGGAGUGAUUGUCACGAUGCUGGUGUUAACUGCAGUGUGCUGCUACCUGUUCUGGUUGAUAGCAAUUCUGGCCCAGCUGAACCCACUUUUCGGGCCCUCUCUGUCCACUGAUGUCAUCUGGUACUUGAACUAUCACUGGCCAUAAUCUGACCACACAGGAGAGGACCUGACCCUGCUGCAUACCAAUGGAUGUUUGCUGCUCACUGCUUUAAUUGUCCUGUAUAUUGUGUUUAUUGCUGCUGUUAAUAUGAAUCACCUUGCCUUAAAGCCUUGAUGUGCAGUGUGUUUGAUGUGAUGUCUUUCUGUCUGGUAAUAUUAUUAGUGAUGGCUGUAAAUCCACUCAACAGUUGUUGAUUAAUAAACUAAUAAUCAACUGGAUCGA